AUGCUGCGAGAAGCUGUGACGCUGCGAGAUGUCAGCCUGACAGUUGAGUACUUUGAGAGGAGAAAAGCUGAAAACCCAAAUUUCUUCUAUGCCACACAACUUGAUGAAAAUAAUGCAGUAAGAGCACUGUUCUGGGUCGACGGAAGGACUAGAUCGCUGUACCAUAAGUAUAAGGACUGUGAAUCAGUAUUCAAUUUUGUGCAACAGUACGAAUUAUGCCAGAACCUCAUGCUUGAUAGAGAAGACAACUCAGGUUUCAUAAUGGAAACUACAACCGCUCCACUUUGGGGAAGCUGGAGCAUUGAAAAGCAAGCAGUGUUGUUCUACACAAGAGAAGUGUUUGACAGGUUCCAGAAGAUGAUGCAAAUGUCAACUGGAUUUUAUCCGCUUCGAACACAGCUAGAAGAGUUGUGUUUUGAUCUUGUCCCAAACCCCGGACUUGACCUCAGAACAUACAGAGUCCAAGUUGGUUUAGAGGAAGAAACAUACACAUGUGGCUGCAACCAAUUUGAGAUGUGUGGACUGAUAUGCCCUCAUAUCAUAAGGGUGAUAGUUCACAUGAAUGUACGAAGCAUUCCAGAAAACUACAUGCUCCAUCGCUGGUCAAUGGCAGCAACAACACCUGUGCCUGAUCCAGGAUCAACCGGUGGCAAGUUUGGUGUUCCGGUGAACAACACUUUGAAGUACAACUCCCUUUGCAGAAAACUGAAUAGUUUGGCAGCAGAUUCCUGUAUUGCUGAUGACACAUAUGCAAUAGUGUUAAACAUGGUUGAUGAGGCAAAGAAGGUUGUUGCUGCAAUGCAUAGAGCUAGAGUAGCUGGGCAGCAAGGUCGGGGAGAAGAACAUGGGGAUGCUACAGAUCCAAGAUCAUCAAAUGUUCAUCAUGAACAACAACAACAUGGUAGCAACCUAAACCAGCAGCAGCAAGAGCAGCAAGUAGCACACGAGACACCUUCAAACAACAAUCUUCGUAACCCUACCAGAGUAAAGCCCAAAGGUCAUCCAAAAGAGAAUGAGAAAAGAAGGAAGCCCCUAGUUGAGCUAAGGGAUGAAGCUAAUAAGAAGAGAAAGAAAAGAGCUGAGGAGCCAAAGGUGAUGAAAGAUUCAAAACCAAAAAGACAAUACAGAAAAAAGAAAUGCCCAUUUUGCAAUGAAGAAGGACACAACUUGAAGGAAUGCGAGCAUAUGGUACUUGCAAAGCAAUUUAAAGAUGCAAAAGACUCUGAAUUGGAGAAGACAGUAUAG